AUGGAGAGCGGGGAACAAGUGACCCCGGUGUUCCUGGAGCCCGUGCCCAACGUGACUGUGGCCGAGGGGCGCGAUGCCUCCCUUUCCUGCACCGUCGACAACCUUGGACAGCACCGGGUGGCGUGGAUUCACCUGGAUCGCCAGAUGAUCGUGUCCAUCCACAACCACGUGAUCACUCGCCUGUCCCACUUCACGGUCACUCACGACUCGCACAAGACGUGGACGCUGCAUGUGACCUCCGUCACCGUGCAGGAUCGAGGUCACUACAUGUGCCAGGUCAACACCGUCCCUAUGAUGAGUCAGACGGGAUAUCUGCAGGUCGUAGUGCCGCCGAACAUCGACGACAAGCAGAGCAGCAAGAGCAACAUCGUCGUGCGCGAGAAGGACAACGUGACGCUGCGCUGCACCGGCCACGGCUUCCCGAUGCCGCAGAUCAAGUGGCGUCGGGAGGACAGCAACCUCAUAGAAACCUCGGACGGCAAGAAAGCCAGAGUACAGGAUCGUCCCCAUGAUUUUAUGAUGAGAGACUAG